AAUUUCAAGUGUCUGCGGUUGGCUGUUCAAUCUGUCCAUCGGGAAAUUAGCUCCAGUAACUAGUAGUAACCAAAAAGAUGCCGGAAACCUGAAGCACAGCAGAACAACAAAACUUGUGAACAUUUGUUUUUGGUUGCUGAGAAUGGGGGAUUCAUUACUUGAAGGAACGGUAAAUAUAAAAGAAAGCUUUGUUUUUUAAUUGAGAAUAUUGUUACAAAGCCAUCAGCAAGAUAACAUCUAAACAAUAGUGCUCAGUCAAACCUCGGGGCACGUUCCUUGGAGAGUGAGUAACAGUACGGUCUGUAGUUAGCUAACAGCGCAACCAUGCUGGCAAAUGUCUAAACCCACUCAACUUGCUGAAAAAGACCAAGUAUGUCAUUAUUGGCAGUUAAAUAUCUAUAUGAACUGGCCUUUCUGCAGUGAUGUCCACAAAGAGAGCCAAGACCACAGCCAGUGUGGGCAGUAAAGGGAAAGAUCCAAAGGAGAGUGAGUCAUCUGCAGGAAGUGUAGCUGUGCAUGGUCACCCCGAUGACAUCUGUCCCUUGACGCUGACGUCAGCCACCCAGGAGCUGUUUGGGUGUCGCUACGAUGGAGACGUCACCCGGGAUAAUCCAUACAAGAUCCUGAGAAAAGAAGACAUUUUGCAGGACCUGAGAAACAGGGCGGCCGUGUCUGAUUUCAGCCCUGUGAAGCAGCUGGUUCUGGCCUACCCUGAGGAUGAGCUCCUUCUGGUCUAUGACAGGGACUUCAUCUAUGGAUCCAGUUUCUACCUGGUUCUAACAGUGGAAGGAAAGGACAGGCACCUGAUGCCCAUUGUGGCUGAGGUAGGUGAGGAGGCUUUGGAGCGAGAACCGUCUGACGUGUUUGCGGCACAGAAAACCCCUGAACCCCGGCCCUGGAUCUCUCUGGGAAGCGAGCAGGAGAUUGAGGAAGAGUCUGUCACAGAUUCUAGACCCAGGUUGAAAUGUAGAAUCUCCAGGGUGCGGAGAGCGUUUGGGGCGCCGGUCUUCUUCUCAGAUCGUAACGCAGCAGAGACCAAGGAUGGCUUCAUUGAAUGUACCCCCUACCAGGACAAGAUAUUUAGCCUCAAACAGAUGGAGAGACACUGUGGGGUGCAGGCUAUCCCUAACUGUAACAGCUCCAGCACUCAAACUCCAUGGACAUAUCCAAAGAAUAUGUGCACGCAGUAUGAACCCAGAGAAUUCAGCAAGGAGGAGAAAGAAAACUGCCUCCAAUCUGAAGAACUUAAACAUUUCAUCAGCUUGGCGGUCUCCAGGUUAGAGGUAGCAAUCCAGCAGAAUGAAAUCGCAGAUGUGUUCUUUGAUGACUGGAAGGCCCUGAGUGAGGAUGACGGUGGCUACGCAGGGAAGGCUGACAGUCACCUGAAGGAGUACCAGUCCUUCACUGACCUGCACUUCAGCCAGGAGAAGACCAUCAGCAACAUCAGCUGGCACCCCACCAUCAGCGGUGUGAUUGCGGUGGCUAUGACAGAGAGGCUGUCUUUUGAGGAUAGGAUCAAUGCCUCCACUAAGCUGCUCCUAAACCCCUCACUCAUUCUCUUCUGGAGCUUCUCGGAUCCCAUCAACCCACAGUUGCUGUUGGAGUGCCCAGACGACGUCUUCUCCUUUGAGUUCUGCCCCUCCGACCCAAAUAUUAUUGUUGGCAGCUGCAUGAACGGCCAGGUUGUGUUGUGGGAUAUUUCCGCCCAUGUAGAACGAUUACAGGGCACACGCAGCAGUGGUGGGAAGAACAUUGCAAUAAACACCAACCCGUUACAGGUCUUUGAAGACACGCGGGACAAUGAGACCUCGGUGGUGAGGUACUGUGCUGUCUCAAGCAUAGAGCAUGGUCACAAGGCCCCCGUUACAGACAUCCAGUGGCUGCCGGAAACCUUUGAGGUCUCUAGAAUGGGGGUACCAAUGGAGAACAAGAGUGGAAUGUGUGUUCAGAUUGUUACCUGCGCCCCUGACUGCUGUCUGAUGUUCUGGGACAUCCGUGCUCCGAGAGUGGCGUUCCAGAACAUGGCCGACCAGAGGAAGCAGAAGGUAGAGGAGAAACCCUUGGAGAAUCCUGAUGGAGUUCCUAACACGUUCAAGCACCUCAACCUUACCUGGAAACCUCUUUUCAGGGUUUCCUUGCCCAAGAUCGAUACCAGUGGGGAGUACAGCCCUUUGAAAUUCAGCCUCCGAGACAACACCUGUGACAACCAUCCAGGUUGCAGUGCAGAAAGGGCCCACCUAAAUGCAGAGUUGUCCGAAGUGGCUCCAGAAUAUUCCCAACUCAGAGUGCCUUCAGCAAAACAACACAAACCACUCAAGGGCAUCAGCACCAAGUUCUACGCAGGAACCGAGGAUGGGGAGCUUGUAUACACAGACUGGAAGUUGGAGAAGGACGACUCUGGAAGACUGUUCAGUGUCAAGCCCUCUCAUCGUUUUACCAUCCAUGAUGGGCUGGUGAACACUGUACGUCGAUCUCCCUUCUUUAAAGAUAUCGUUCUGACUGUGGGAGGGUGGACAUUCGCCAUCUGGAAGGAGGGUGUUAUGAAUGGUCCCAUCAUCCACUCAUCAUGCUCUCAGAGAAAGUGCACUGUGGGAUACUGGUCCCAGUCACGUCCAGCUGUGUUCUACAUUGGUAAGGAGGAUGGGAACCUUGAGGUGUGGGACCUGCUGGAAAAGACCCACGAGCCCUCACAGACGCAGAACAUCACUACCGCCCCGAUCACAUGUAUUAAACCCUGGAUCAUCUCUUCAAAGCAGCAUCUUCUGGCUGUGUCGGAUCACCUGGGCACUCUGCACAUACUGGAGAUCCCAUGGACACUUCGCAGCCCUUGCAGCAAUGAGAAGCUAAGCGUGAAUAAGUACUUUGAGAAGGAGGUGGACAGGCUGGUGUACUUUGACAAGAGGAGGGAGAUGAGAACCAAGGAGAAGAAAAACAUGGAUGCAGAGGAGCUGAGGAAAAAGAUGGAGCCUAACCUGCAAGAAAAGGAGGAGAAGCAGAUCUUGGAGGAGGCCAAGAAGGAGUAUGAGGACUACCUGUCAUUGGAGAAGGUCAUACUGAAAGACAUGGGUCUGCUACCUGACCCAGACGAAACGGCUGAGAUCUGAAAUCCUCACCCACUGUUGAGUCUGACACCUGAUCCCACACCCUGUGAUUAACAGGGUUGGGGUCAAUUCCAUUUCAAUUUGUUCUUUUGAAAUUUCUGAUGCUUCCUGAAACCAUGAGUAAUGCUCCUUAAAAAGAGUGACAUACCACCCACACAACUCACCUAACAGUGCCAUAAAUCAUCUAUUCAAUUGAAAAUCUAAUUUCUUACACCAUAUAUGUUCACUACUGACAGCAUAAUUUGUUAUUAAAU